AUGAACUCUGAAAACUUUUUUUUACCCUCACAAAGUCUUGAGCGCGUGGAAUUGACUGAAGAAAACGAGGAAAAGGAAGUUUAUUCGAAGGAAAUUGGAGUUCCCGUAAAGAAUUCGAGCGCGCCUUUGUUGGGACCUCCCCCUAUGAAAACUACGAGUUCAGAAAAACUAGAAAAUGAAGGUAAAAUUUUAGACGAUGAAGCCGAAGUUUCCGGGUCGGACGUAUCGGAAGACGAACAAGUUGAGGGCUCUGAAGCAGAUGACGGUUUUCUAUUGGCGGAUGAAGAUUCUGAAGAAGAGCAGGACGAGAAGAAUUUAAUUAAGAAAAUCAGAGAAAUGGAAAAAGAACGGGAUACGAGAGAAGUGGAAGCGAUAAAGGCAGAAGUGAUUUCCGGAUACAAAAGGCACAUGUAUCAAUUUCAAGACGAGCAAGAGGCCUUAUUGGCUGCCGCAAGAAGACGAGCUAAAAAAGACCGGGAAAAGUACAAGGAUGCAGGAAAUUUUUUAUUUUUAUUAUAUUGGUUGAUAUAA